AUGGCCCACGGAUCAAGCCUGCCCACAGCUGCCGUGCCCUGGAAUGGGCGUCACGCGACGAGUGCGGAUGGCUUUAUUGCCGGGCUGUACCUUGAUCUUGACGGCACGAUCCUGGAUGGUGACAUGCAUCAUGCCUGCUGGUACUUUCUGCAUCAGCUGCCCGCCUCAUUGACCAAGUUUUUACGCCUUGGGACCUAUCCGCUUGCCCUCCUCUUGGCCAUGGCCACCCAAGCCGUCCGCGGAGAAAGCGCAGCGGUCAAAAUUCUGGCCUGGCAUGCUACAGCGGGUCUCAAGGCGCCUGAUCUCAAAUUGGCGGGUCAACGCACGAGCGAGGUGCUGGCACGCAACAUUCGCCCUCAAGUACUUGCCGAACUGCGCGCCUACCAGGCAGAGGGCUUUUACGUUGGCAUUGUGACGGGCAACCUCGAGCCGCUGGUCCGCUCGCUGGUCUUUGAUGUCCUCAAAGCCAACGCUCUGGAAGGCACUCGCCUACUGAUCAAUGCCAAAGGCAUCGUGACAGGCAGAAUGGCGUGCCCCUCUUAUCCCAUAAUCCCGCGCGCCACAGGUCAGAUCGACGGCGCCGUAUGCGUGGCUGAGGAAAAGCGCCGGCGGCUUCGCGGUAAUCCCGUCCUGCACGAGCUCGAGUAUACCAUUGGCUAUGGCAACAGUGGCAACGACAUUCCCUUCAUGUCCCUGAUGACCACGGCCAAGGCCAUUACCCCUUCGGCGCGGCUCUGGCGCCACGCCACGCAGGCUGGUUGGCCUGUUUAUACACCAGUUGCUCUGCCCUCUGAGCUGGCCCUCUUUGCCCGCAUCUACGCAACUGUAUAG